AUGGAGGUCACAAAUGGACUUCUAUCUAACUUAGUACAGACCAAAUCAAUUGAGAGAGUAUUGGCGCCAAUAGCUUCACAGGUUUCCUUGUUAAUUAUACUGGACGAGUCAGAGAAUGGUGUGGGAAAGCCAGAUCUCAUGGGUCCCUGUGCUCAGGCCGUUAUGAAAGCUGCAGAACACCUCAUUAAAAUUGGAAAAGAGAGAGCAAACAACUCUCCUGACCAGGAUUACCAGAGACAGAUGAUGAGUGCUUGUGAGAUUUUGGAUUUAGCCAGUAGUGGUUUAUACAUAGCCUCCCAGAGGCUUGGGGAUGAUUCAUCUAAAGAAAUUCGUACAAAAGUCAUUAGUGCAGCUAAAGAUGUUUUACAAGGAACAAUGAAGGUCUUGCUUGUGUCUGAUGAUGCAGAGGUCAGAAAAAUUGUCAGUGCUGGUCGCUUGGUCGUUGAUUGCCUCACCAGACUUAGUACAAUUAGUCGCAUGCCUGAUUUACUGUCUAAUUUCAAGAGCUUCACUGAUGGAACAACACUGCUGUGCUCGCUGGCCCAGAAACGUCAGAUGGAAUUAUGUCAGAAUCAUCAAAGGGAGAGAAUAAUCACAGCUCUCAAUCUACUGAAAAAAUCUAUUCCUUCAAUGAGUGUGGCACUUCAGAGUUAUAUCAAGUACCCCAAAAAUCAACAAGCACAGAUGAGUAAAUCCUUUGUGAUUAACCAGACUCAGUCAGCUGUGUCAGACAUUAUGGAGGCUGUAGAAAACAAAUUCACUGACGAGGAUUUCCUGGACGUAGAGGAACCAGGCUACUUUGUCACCAAGAUUGACCAGGUGUUAGAGGCGCUGUCUGUGGAGAAGCGCGGUGAUCUGGAUGAUGAUCUGGAGACCUGGACAGAGAACCUGGUCCGCCACAGCAUGCUGGUGGCUCACCUGUGUCUGGACCACUACAGGAAUAUCAUCGUCAAGACCUGUCAAAGGGUCUUGCAGUUGAAAAGCAGAGUUCUUCAGCUUCACAAUGCAAUGAAAAAUAAUCCUGAGCUGCCUGCAAUUGGGGAGGACUAUGAUGAAUGCUGUGAGAACUACAUUGAUGAAUUCUGUGAACUGGAGAAGGAUGUGAACCUGGCCCUACUGAACCUGGUGGUAGACAUCUUCAAAGAGACCACAGAACCCCUGGAGAGACUGGUCAAAACUGCCAUGUAUUCUACACAGGAAAAGGGAUUUGAGCAGCAUAUGAAAGAAUUGGUAACAGAAUUCCAGACACAUGCAGAUAAAAUGGGACAGAUAGCCACAUUUGCUGCUGCCAGCUCUACAGAUGCACAGCGUGUUAGAACCAUUCGCCGAUGUGUGUGUCACCUAGAGAGACUUGACCCAGAUAUUGUGCCAGCAGUUGUUGCCAUGGCAAAGAAAUCUCAGGACAAGAUGGCCGUACGACAUGUCAAAUUAUUGAUGAAAGAAUGGACAUUUGAACUGACAUCCCUGAUGCAGGUUCUGGAUGAAAUGACUGACCCAAGUAUAUUUAUGCAAGUCUCAGAGUCUAGAAUAAAGGAGGAUAUUUCCCUCUGCCGUGGGUUUCUGACUGAGGAAGAUGACCUUGGUCUGGGGUUGGCAGUGAAGUCUCUGAUUGGUCGAGCCAGAAGGGUGUGUCAGAUGGCAGAAAGAAUCAUUAGUGGACAUAAGGACCCACUGUACAGGAAUGGAUUGUUGGUGUUUGUCAAGCAACUGCAGAAAGCUGUGACUGGUUUGAGGGCUGCUAACACUAACCUUGUUGCAGAGAGACAGAACAGAGCCUUUAUAGAAACAUUUCAAAAGCGACUUGAACAGGUGCUUGACCGGGUAAAACAGGUCAUGGCCGGUUUGUCUGAGGACAGCCAUCCAGAUAUCCUCAGUCCUCAGAGGAAAAACCUAAGGCAAACAGCUAUGUCACAUUCAAAUAUUUACAAAAAGUCUUCUAAAUCAAGUCUCCAGUCCUCAAAAACAAGUUUACUAGAACAAUCAUCUGCAAGUCUUAGACAGGAUAAGUCAUCCAGAACAAGUCUUCAUGAUAAGUCAUCCGGAACAAGUCUACAUGACAAGUCAUCUGCAACGAGUCUUGGGUUACCGUCCUUCCACAUGUCUUCCACUGACUACACCGAUGUCUUCCAGGAGCAUACAGAGGAGAGACCGUUCCAGAAAUCCACAUCUUCCAUCCAACAGUCUAGUCCUACAAAAUCUACCUCAGCUUAUAGAAACAGCGAUAUACUGCAUACCUCUCAGGGACAAGAGGCUCUACACUGCCUUGCCAAGAAUGUGUCUGAAAGUCUGAUAGCAGCUAUUCAGGAACUCAACAAACACAGAACAAACAUUUUAUGUGGAGAGCUGUUAGCCUGGACAAACCAUGUGGUGGAUAUGGCCAAAAACAUUGUCCCUUACUGCACUGGCACCAAGCAGAAAAGCAUUAAGACCCUGUGUCAUGAGACAGACAGUUUAGCCUCUGAGAUUGUUGAUCAGACAAAGUUGGCUAUUGCGGGGGACACAGAAGAAGUCAGGGGGGUGUCUGACCAUUGUCUGCAGUGGAGGACCAAGGUGGAGAAACUGCGAGUGUGUGUGGAUGCCACAGUGGACACAUAUAAGGUGGUUCCUGAUGCAUUGAUAGAGGCGCUGGAUCAGCAAAACAAAAUUCUGGCAAAAGAAGAGUUGGAGUGCCUUUGUACCCACUAUCACUGUGUCAAUGACAUCGUGAGGAUGGUGGAGGGGUUGGAGGUGACUGAUAAAGCCCCCCUGACACACUGUCAGGAACUGACCGAAGAGUUAGAGAAUAUCACUGUCACUAUCACCACUACUGUAGAAAUGAGCUCCAAGUCAUUAACAGAAGAAGAACUAAGUCAGCUGGACCAGUUAGGUAGGGAGUGGGCUGUGAUGAUGUUUUGUCUACUCUCUGAUCUGGACAGUGUAGCGGAGGGCAUCAGUGAGCUAGGAAAGGAAAGGAGGGUGUGGUUUACACAGGAUAUGACAUCAGUAGAGCAAGAUGACAUCAUAAAACAUGUGGAAUGUGAAAAUAAAAGGUUGAGGGAGAUACUUCAUGGAGCAUGUAUUGGGAAUGAGACCAGAGCAAAAGAGGCACAGGAUUUAUGUCAGCGCAUGAGUGAACUCUUAGAUAAUUUGAAGUCGGAGCAGACUCAGAGAGUUACAAGUUCACAGCGAGCCUUUGUUGUGUCCAAGUCUUAUGUUCCCCUCCGAGUCAGAAUAGCUAGCAUGUGCUGGGUUGUUAAGGCUGUGCAUUGUAUGGACCUGAUACAUGCUCAGGUCUCCCUUUAUUGUAAGCCAAUCCAUGCACUUACAGACCUUGGUGUCAAGGCCAAAACCACUACUGAAGGAAAGCAGAAAAUGGCCUACAUUUCUGAACUUCAGUUAGAGAUCAGCCGAUUCAGUGAGAAGUUGGUGAAGUUGAGACAGAGAGUACAGAAUAGUAUCCAGUUGUCCACCAAUCUGGAGAAACGAGCAGCUGUCCGGAGGUCCCUGGAUCAGGUCACCGAAUCCUCACCCGGACUGAUUCGGGUCAUCAAGGCCUUAACAGAUGAAAAUUGCACCAUAACAGAAUCAAUGAAUGAAGUGGAUAAACAGAAACUUUUAUGGACCUCACAGAUAAAAGGGUUAAUGGUCCACCUUAGACAAAUGACAGACAUCAAACCCACAUUGGUGUCUGAACUUCACAACCUGUUGGGUGUUAUGGAUGUGUCUGAAGCAGUGACAGAAGGCAAGGAGACGGAGAGCUUAGCAGGAAAUUAUCGCCCCUCGGGAUCUCUAGAAAACCCCAAGUCCAGAUCUCAAACCCAGCCCCCUAAACUUCAGUCAGUGCAUGAGGAACUUCUGCAAGUGACAAGGGAAAGAGACUUGGAAGCUAAUGUUGGAACUUUUAACAGAGACCGAAAGAAAGGCAACUCAAAGUCCCCUUACAAGUCUUCAGCAUCAAUUCUGAAUGCAGCUAAAUAUCUCCAAAAAGAGGCUGAUAAGUGGGAAGAUGAAAACAACCCGAUUGUUCAAGUCGCCAAGGAGAUGUCACUACAGAUGCAGCAGAUGGCAGAUUACUGUAAGGGGGAUGGACCAGUCGGUAAUCAUCAGGAUGUUGUUAAGGUUGCUCUGGCAGUCGCUGAAAAUGGCAAGAAAAUGAAACAAUUUACAGAUGUGCUCGCUAGUCACUGUGUUGAUCAGAGGUGUGGCAAGGAUUUACAGUACUAUGCAGAUCAGAUCCCAUCUCUAAGUAAACAGCUGACAAUUUUAGCCAAUGUCCAGAUGAGCUCACAGGAUGACAACAGACUGAGUCCAGAUGAGGCUGACAGAAUACUGGUACAGAAUGCCCACAAUCUUAUGACAGCUGUAAUGCAUGCCAUGACGGCCGCCGAAUCUGUCUGUGUGAAGGGCCUAGUUACUCCAGAGUCUGGUGGAAAGGAUGAGGUCUGUGCCGUUAUUCUCGCUACACAAUGGCGGCGGCGUCUCCAACAUUAUCGUAAAAUGGAGGCCAGAGAAGCUAUCAUGGACGAGUUGGGACUCAGAAGAAUUGAGGAACACCACCCUCCAAAGUUGACCCAAAUAUUUAAUUAAAAAUUACUGAUGAUGUAAUUCAUGGCAAUACCAAUAUGACUAUUUUUAGAAGUUUUCUCAUAGUCCUCUGAAGAACAGACCCUGAUUUUUUUUAUCAGGACGCUGCAGUUUUUACAAAGUUUAUUAUCAUAUGUACAUGUAAAUUAAAAGAAAAUUCACAUUUUUACAAGGCUCAUAUGAAUUUAUUCAAUAUAAUUUAUAUUUAAUAGACGUAGUAUAAAUUUUCUGAUGUUCA